UGUGCCGGCCAAUUCUUACAUGAUGGAGAAAGCACUUUACCGGUAACAACAAGUUAUUGAGUUGUCCAAGGCAUGCUAGCUAGGUAAAAUAUGAAACCCGUUGGCCUUCCCGUAUCUACCCUCGGUCACUGCACAACUUUCUCGGAAAACGAUUCGAGAUUUGGCAACAAGAAAAUUCGUCUGUUAAAGAUGAUCCUUGACGAAACUUCAGAGCCUCCAAUGUUCAACAAGUACACGGAAACCGAGUUCUACGUCCCUCAAACGUCAUACGAACUACAUGCCGUAUCCAACUACGCCGCCCAGCUCCGCUGGUACGCCCGCAUGCGGAAGAAGCGGACAAACCAAAACAGGAGUAUGAUUCGUGGACUGUACGCUCUAUGCACUGUGUCUGUAUUAGCUACCCUCCUUAUGUACACCAAUGGCACAGAGAAAAUAUCAGUUGGGUUUCAGAACACGAAACAUUUCGCAGAACAGUUCAUAAGGAUUGGGCGAUCUUUGAGCACUGAAGGAUUAUUCGUCGGAGAGAAUCCGGUAGUAAAAAAGGAAGCUAAGCCAAAGGUUCCUUUAAGUGAAGGGAUGAGGUGGCUGACGUCGUUUAAGGCAUUUAAGGAAAAUCUCACGGAGCUAGCACAGGAGUUUGCAGAAGAGUCGGCGAAUGGGGAAUUUGAUGUAACUCAGCUGGUGAGAGGAAAAUAUAAUGGAAAAGUAAAGAAAAUUACGAAGGAUUUGAUACUGGAAGAGUUGGAGGUGACUGGUUAUCAGAAGCGCCUUAAAGAAUAUAUAGCCACAAGGACGGUGCCAAGAAAUGGAUUCGAUCAAAUGGCACCACUGCCAUUUAUGAACAAAUGGAGAACUCCGUGUUGGCAGCAUAACACUACUUCCAACUUUAUGUGCCUGCCCGGGUUCUAUAUCAUUGGCUUUCCGAAGUGUGCCACCACUGAUCUGUGGACUCGGCUGACGAAACAUCACCAGCUGAAGGGAUGGGCGAAGGAACUGCAUUGGUGGACCAGAUUAAGAUACCGUUAUUCGAUGGCAAGGUAUGCCAAAAAGCUUGGGGACAUGGUGCGUGCGAGAAACGACACCCGAGUGCUAAUGGGAGACGGGAGUCCCUCGACGCUAUGGGAUAUCAGCUACCUUGAGAGAAAGCUUAGGAAGGAUCCAGGGUUACCUGACAAGCCGCCAAAGGUUCUCAACGCGCAUCUGAUGUACAAGUACCAGCCCAAUGCAAAAUUUAUCGUUUUAGUUCGUAAUCCGUCGGAUAGCGUAUAUUCUGACUACACCUACCAUGGUGUCGACAAAGUCAAAAAACUUUAUAGAGAUAAAGAAGAGUUGCACAACAGGACUAUAGAACUUAUCAAAUACUACCACGAGUGCAUAAACACCACUUCUAUUAAGGCCUGCGCAUAUAAUGGGAAGGUUUAUUUACACAGCACCGACCAAAAGCUCCGCCUGUUUAUCUACUUGUACUCAGUUUAUAUCGGUGACUGGCUGACUGUCUUUCCCCGGAGUCAAGUCCAUGUGGUCCGAGCAGAAGACUACGGACGAAACACAGCUGGGGUGCUGCAAGAUAUAUUCAAGUUUUUAGAAGUUGACGCCUUGCCGCCUGACACACUGAAAGAAAUAGCUGAAGGUCCGAGAAUGAACACAAACAGGCAAUACAGUUACGAUGUCGGCCCGAUGCAGGCAUCAACAAGAAAACUUUUGGACGACUUUUUCAAACCUUUUAACGAAGCCCUUGCCCACAUUUUACAAGACGACCGCUUUCUUUGGAAAGAUGUACGACAUGACAUUGCUUGGCCUGUGACCUGGUCUAGUUCGAUGAUCCUUGACGAAACUUCAGAGCCUCCAAUGUUCAACAAGUACACGGAAACCGAGUUCUACGUCCCUCAAACGUCAUACGAACUACAUGCCGUAUCCAACUACGCCGCCCAGCUCCGCUGGUACGCCCGCAUGCGGAAGAAGCAGAAAAACCAAAACAGGAGUAUGAUUCGUGGACUGUACGCUCUAUGCACUGUGUCUGUAUUAGCUACCCUCCUUAUGUACACCAAUGGCACAGAGAAAAUAUCAGUUGGGUUUCAGAAUACGAAACAUUUCGCUGAACAGUUCAUAAGGAUGGGGCGGUCUUUGAACACUGAAGGAUUAUUCGUCGGAGAGAAACCGAUAGUAAAAAAGGAAGCUAAGCCAAAGGUUCCUUUAAGUGAAGGGAUGAGGUGGCUGACGUCGUUUAAGGCAUUUAAGGAAAAUCUCACGGAGCUAGCACAGGAGUUUGCAGAAGAGUCGGCGAAUGGGGAAUUUGAUAUAACUCAGCUGGUGAGAGGAAAAUAUAAUGGAAAAGUAAAGAAAAUUACGAAGGAUUUGAUACUGGAAGAGUUGGAGGUGACUGGUUAUCAGAAGCGCCUUAAAGAAUAUAUAGCCACAAGGACGGUGCCAAGAAAUGGAUUCGAUCAAAUGGCACCACUGCCAUUUAUGAACAAAUGGAGAACUCCGUGUUGGCAGCAUAACACUACUUCCAACUUUAUGUGCCUGCCCGGGUUCUAUAUCAUUGGCUUUCCGAAGUGUGCCACCACUGAUCUGUGGACUCGGCUGACGAAACAUCACCAGCUGAAGGGAUGGGCGAAGGAACUGCAUUGGUGGACCAGAUUAAGAUACCGUUAUUCGAUGGCAAGGUAUGCCAAGAAGCUUGGGGACAUGGUGCGUGCGAGAAACGACACCCGGGUGCUAAUGGGAGACGGGAGUCCCUCGACGAUAUGGGAUAUCAGCUACCUUGAGAGAAAGGUUAGGAAGGAUCCAGGGUUACCUGACAAGCCGCCAAAGGUUCUCAACGCGCAUCUGAUGUACAAGUACCAGCCCAAUGCAAAAUUUAUCGUUUUAGUUCGUAAUCCGUCGGAUAGCGUAUAUUCUGGCUACACCUACCAUGGUGUCGACAAAGUCAAAAAACUUUAUAGAGAUAAAGAAGAGUUGCACAACAGGACUAUAGAACUUAUAAAAUACUUCCACGAGUGCAUAAACACUACUUCUAUUAAGGCCUGCGCAUAUAAUGGGAAUGUUUAUUUACACAGCACCGACCAAAAGCUCCGCCUGUUUAUCUACUUGUACUCAGUUUAUAUCGGUGACUGGCUAACUGUCUUUCCCCGGAGUCAAGUCCAUGUGGUCCGAACGGAAGACUACGGACGAAACACAGCUGGGGUGCUGCAAGAUAUAUUCAAGUUUUUAGAAGUUGACGCCUUGCCGCCUGACACACUGAAAGAAAUAGCUGAAGGUCCGAGAAUGAACACGAACAGGCAAUACAGUUACGAUGUCGGCCCGAUGCAGGCAUCAACAAGAAAACUUUUGGACGAUUUUUUCAAACCUUUUAACGAAGCCCUUGCCCACAUUUUACAAGACGACUGCUUUCUUUGGAAAGAUGUACGACAUGACAUGUCCAGAUAACACAAGUCAAGACCACCGUUAGUGAUUCGAAUUAAUCAUACCGGUUACGGGCAAUAAUAGAUUAGCCGGAAACUUUUGUCAAGACAUUUUAAAAGGGGUCAAAGGUACUUUUUUCAGUUCCUUUCGUCCCUUGAUUUCACCAGCGACAAAGGAUUCAGACGAGUCUAUUGUGGUCCGUAACCGGUGAUCAAUUUGAAUAACCGCCGUCUUGAGACCAAAUAUAAUGUUACAGUAUUUCCAUUUCCCAUAUUAUUUAUUUUCGCUCUCCACAUCCCCGAUAGGUCUCCUAGCAAAGCCUGUGUCUAAUAGUCUAUUUCAAAUAUCUGUUUGUUUUGGCAAAAUAACAUGGCGUCUUCUAUCAUGCAUUUCAACUGUAAAUAGUGAUUGAUUUAUCUCUCUUAUAAACAAAAAAUAUUUUAUUCUACGAGUUUUUGAUUUAAAAUUUCUCGUCAUAAGCAUAGUCUUAUUGGUCGUUUGUUACCUUGCACUUUCACCCAUCACACACAUUCCUAGGUACACUCACUGAAGACAGAGUAGGACAUCUGAUGUAUAGGCGAUACCUUUUAUGGUCAACGAACAAAUGAGUGUGAUAUCGUGACUGUUUCUGAUUCAUGUUAGGCUUAUUUCUUCACGUAAGACAGGCCUUUUAUAAAGGUACCCUUCAACCGCCUAACUAGCGUCGACACAGAAUAUUCUGGGGCACGACCAUUCCUGUUACACCUGUUUUACCGAUUGCUGUGCCGAUUUGUUGUUUUGCCUUGUCGUGACGCUUCAGCAAUUUAUCGCGAGGUGUCUCCUGGUACUGACGGUGCCUUGUCAAUUACUGGAUUUUCGACCUAACUUGUCUCGUGUGGCCUUAUCUAUGCGGACAAAAGCUUUAGGAAUAAUUCUCAGCAAAGUUUGCCUUUCUUAUCGGAAACUUCAUCUUUUUAUCAAUAUUCGUCCGAAGAAGCCUUUCUUGUUGCUACUAUAAAGAAUAAACAUCACUGAAGGUAGGACUUUUAAAAUUUGACAAACUUCGAUUGUUGUUUUUUUCAGGUGGUUUUUAACUUGUCAGUCCUGGCACUUGUGCCUCGGCUCUUCAUAACCCUGAGGUCGUGCAUGGGCUCCGGGCUGUUGCUAUCAUGUUAUCACAUUACCAACAGAUAGUGGUGUUGCACAACACUAUAGAUUAUCCUUGGGUUGCCCAGGCGGGGCUGUGUAACUUGCUAUUUGUGGUCACACUAUUGCAGUUUAGUGACAAGAGGUCGGCCAGGUACCUUUGGCCAGAUCGAUCUGACAACGCUUUAAACUCAUUUGCUACGAAACUGUACUUGGUGUAAUGUUCCGCUAAAAUUGGACUUAAAAAGAGCGAGCGUAUUACUAUCAAACACUGAAGCAAAAUAACUUUAAAUUAUGGUAAAUUACCAUACAAUUAAUUGACAUGGCAAAAAUAAAUAUACUAAUAAUUGGAAAGAAAUGAUAUACGUAUCAAGAAUUUAUUUCCUUGCUUUUUGCUGCAAUUAAGAUCAGAAAAAUUUCUAAUCGAAGGUUCGCAAGAGACAUUGUUUGCAUUGGCGGGUCACUCAUUUUACAGAAAAUUCAUUAUCUGUUUCAAUCUGUCUACUGAAUAAACGAUGCUUCGAAUCCCUUUUACUUUUU